CGCGACCAAUUUCCCAGAAUCACACUUUCGGGCUCGCGGGUUCAUCUCAAAAAUCAUCAGGUACGACUCCCCAGUUAUUCAUGGAUGAGUGUCCGGGACCGAGAUCGCUCCACGAACCGAGCUUGCCGUGACUCCGUCCUCGAAGGGCGGGCUGCCGACCACGGAAAUGCCCUCUUCGGCCGUCCCAAGUCGCGUUAGUGUCCUUUCAGACCAGUGUCACCGUAAUGGUGAGGAUCCCUGAAAUAGUGAUGAAGUGAUACGAGAGCAGUACAGUAAACGAUACCGUCGCAAAUUUGAAAUGGAUCUCUUCCUAUUAAGUGUACAAAUAGUCUCAUUGUUAAGUUUAUAUGAAACCAAGGCCGUCCAUGAACCAAAGUAUCUAAGCACACUCAAAUACAAAUGGAAAACAAGUGAAUGGGGUGCAUGCUACGUGCAGACGGGCUGCGGUCAAGGGCUCAAGGAGCGGGAGGUGUGGUGCGUGGAGCAGCGGGGCAAUCGAUCCACCGCCGCCUCCGUCGCCGCCUCCACGACCGAGAUCAGACUUUGCGACCCGGCGCUCGAGCCCCCGAGGACUCUCUCCUGCUUCAUCGCCUGUCACCAUCACAAAGAAUACUUGACAUGGAAAACGGAUGACUGGAGUCCUUGCAAAAUGUCAGAAAACCAACUUUCCGUGGACAGUAGCGGUGUCAGAUCACGGAACGUUUCUUGCGUUAUCACGUCCGGCGAGAGCUCAAUGAUCUCAGCCGUGGUGGACGACGAGAACUGUCUGGAAAAAUUCCCGCGGCCGGUGACCGAGGAGGACUGCGAGAUCCCGUUGGCGCAGGACUGCGUGGUCACCGAACCGAGUGAUUGGACGCCCUGCUGCGACGGCAUACAAUACCGCACUCUCAGCGUCCUCAUCCCGCCGGCCAACGGGGGACAACCCUGCCCAGAGCUGAGCGAGUGGCGGUCAUGCGAUGGCGACGACAAGUCGUGCAACCAGCGAACUCCUGGUUUCCGGCUGAAGGUGGACAAGUGGAGCGGGUGCACAAGUACGAAACGGGGUGACGACGAGGCGGCUGGUGACUCGCCCGUCUUAUCCGACCCUCCAACCGCCGACAAUUUCUACAAGCACUGGCCCCAAGUAGGCACCCAGCACAGGAACCUCAUCUGCUACAACGCCUCUGGAAGCAUCGUCAACCUCGGGCUGUGCGGGACGGACCAACAAAUGCCAUCAGCGGAGAGAGCUUGCAUCAUGGCGCAAGAUUGCGUCGUGGGAGAAUGGUCCAGCUGGGAGCUAAAAACACAGAAAUGUGCUUCAACCUACGGACAGGAGGGCGAAGUUACUUACGAACGAAAACGUGAGAUUCUCCGGCUGCGAGAGGGUCAGGGUAUCCCAUGCCCUCAUCUUGUGGAGACAAGGGUGAAGAAGCAAAAGCUCCCACAUUGCUCCGAGAAAUACGAAUGGCAAGUUUCACCAUGGACUCCGUGUCUCCAACCUUUCACCAAGGAGGAGGUCCAAUGCGGCGGUGGACUUCAAUACAGAAAUAUCACUUGCUUGGACUUGGAAACUAGAAGACCUCUCGAGCGGAUCCAAUGUCUGCAGAAAGGCGUUCAGCAUAUUCACACGGUUCAAAGGUGUGAGGUUCCAUGUCCGCGGGAUUGCAUUGUUGGGCAGUGGGGAGAUUGGGGCCCCUGCGUUCCUGAGAAAUGCCCCGUUUUGGGCGAGCCCAUGCCCUCUACAGGAUUCAGAAGACGAUCGCGACCAAUCCUGGUGACCCCGAGUGAAGACGGGAUGGAGUGCCCCUCCUUGGAGGAGAUCCAACCGUGCCCCGGCCCUGAGUGCAGCUCGUGGAGAGCCGGUCCCUGGGGCAGCUGCCAGCUCGGACCCGGUCACAACGGCUGCGGAGUCGGCAAAAAAAUCCGCUCCGUCACUUGCGUCUCUCACAUGCAGACCCAGGAAACCUUGCCCGAUUGGCAAUGUCAACAAGAAAAACCUAUCCGAGAGGAGACAUGCAUCCUGCCGUGUGCAUUCGAUUGCGUGGUCUCUGGUUGGUCGCAGUGGAGUCCCUGUUCACGAGAAUGCUCAACCGAGACGCAGAUUGGCUUAAGACAGAGGAAUAGAACCAUCAUAGCACCCGCCGGACCAAGAGGGCACAAGUGUCCAGACCCGGACGAGCUCCUACAAGUGGAGAAAUGCAACGAGCACGGCUGUCACGGUUACAGCUGGCUCGCGUUGCCAUGGAAACCGUGCGAGAAGAACUGCGGCUGGCGUCCGUGCGAGAAACUGUGCGGCUUGGGUAGACAAACCAGGGAUGUGUGGUGUGUAAAGGACUCGGAACGCCGCGUAGCUGAUGACAUGUGCAAAGGACUCCGGAAACCGGACGAAGAACAGAACUGCAAAAUGGACUGCGUGGAAGACCUCGACUGCGAAUUCAGCCCCUGGUCAGAAUGGACCGAAUGCCCUACGCAGCAGUGUGAUUCAGGAGCCGAUCUGAUGAUCGGUACUCAACGGAGGGAACGAGUGUCCAAGACGAGUAUAAAAUGUGGUCCCCUGGAGGAGGUCCGAGCGUGCAACAUGACCCCUAAGUCUUGCGUCACGUACAAAUGGAACGAGGGGCAGUGGAGUCAGUGCCAACUGCCAGAGGGACAGCAUUGCGGUCACGGACUACGAACUCGGGAUAUCUGGUGUAGUGAGAUGAAUAGUACCGAGCACGUGGAGCUACGACACUGCCUGGCCACCAAACUACACGUUCCCGUUAGUGCAGAGCGAUGCCACGUGGAUUGUCAGAGCCCUUGUCAACUCAACGAGUGGUCCCAUUGGAGCUCAUGUUCCCAGCCUUGCACUGGCACGCGCUCUCGUACACGCCAACUCAUAGGAUCUUCAGUAAACCACCCGGCAUGUUUAGAGAUGAGUUUGGUGGAAACGUCCACCUGUCCCUGCGCGGAGUACAACCCACGUCCGGUGUCAAACUGGUCGGUAUGUUUGAGUAACAGCACUCAACUAUGUGGAGCCGGUACCCGUUACAGAGCCGUCGGCUGUUACGAUAAGGAUGAUAACUUAGUGGACCCAAGUCUGUGUGGAGGAAGCACAGGUUUGGAGGAAGAACCGUGCCUCAUUGAGUGUCCGGUAGACUGCGUGACAAGCGAAUGGAGCCCUUGGGGACAUUGUAGUUCUCUGUGUGGCCCCGGAAUGCAAAACAGAACUAAACAGGUGCUUCAACCACCUUUGAACGGAGGGCGAGAAUGCGGAAGCUUAGUGCAAACCAAAGUUUGCGGCGAAAGUUGCGAAUUCUUCAAGUGGCAUGCGAGCGGAUGGACUGAGUGCUCCCUCAUUUCGGCCAAUCAGAAACAGGGCUGCGGAACUGGAGACCAGUUCAGAAGGGUUCGGUGUACUGACGUGAGAACGGGUGCCGAGGUUAACGACGCUUACUGCGAUUGGACAGAGCAGCCUGCAGAUUUCUCAGCGUGUCACACGGCCUGUCCAGGAGACUGUGUCCUCGGGCCCUGGUCCGAGUGGUCACCUUGCUCUAAGGGAUGUCCCGCAAACGAAGAACAAAGACGAACGCGCACCCAACUGCGAGCGGCCAGCAACACGGGCGCCCCUUGCCCGCACUCAAUCCAGACGCAAAUCUGCCAGUUCAACGUCACGUGCUUCACCUACAGAUGGGUCGUCGACGGAGGCGUCAGCUCCUGCAUCCCUCUCGGUGGCAGCCCUUGCGGCGAGGGUAGGAAAACCAAGACGGCCUUCUGCCAGCGUAGCGACGGCCGACCGGUUGCUGACAGCUGGUGCAGCAGUUCAACAAAACCACGACCUCUGGAGACGUUAUGUUUCAUCGACUGUCCUGUUGACUGCGAAUUUUUGGGUUGGUCACCAUGGAGCAAGGAAAAAUGCACGUGCAAUGAUACAGAGGUGAGCCGUUACGCGUACAUUGGAAGCACGAGACCGAGUCAAACGGGUCGAAAAUGCCCAGCCCCAGAGGAACAGUGGAAACCGUGUCCCGCGGUCCCUUGCUACAGCUGGCACGCUAGCAAAUGGUCGGCCUGCCAACUACACGGAGCAGUCUGCGGUUACGGGUUCACGAGCCGAAACGUGACGUGCAUCCGUGAGAAGGACGGGGCCGUGGUGGAGCCGUAUCACUGCACGGCCAACUCCAAGACUGCCCAGAAGCCGGCCACCUGGGAGUCCUGCUACAUCCCCUGUCAGACCGACUGCCAGCUCUCGCAGUGGUCGCGCUGGUCUCACUGCCACGGCGACUGCAGCAAGGACACUACAGGCUAUCAAACAAGGUCACGGGCGGUGCUGCAACCCCACAACAUGAGCGUGACCAAGUCCUGUCCGGAACCCCUGUGGGAGACUCGCGACUGCUCCCUGGAGCCCUGUUUCACGAUGGACUGGUCGAUAACCCUCGACGGACAAGUUGUCUGUCGACGCUCCGACGGACUCAUCGUUGUUGGAGGCUGUGAUAAUAAGGUGAAACCGACUGCAGGUUGUGAGCUCAUCGAUGGUCGUUGUGUCUGCACAGGAGACGCAGGCACGUUCAUCCAAACGGCCAGUUGCGCCGAUCACUUUGCCGAAGUCCGCGCCUGGCGUUAUCUUCCCAAAGAUGACGAUUUGAAUCUCUGGAUGUUUGCAAUGGUUGGAAUAGGUUGUGUCUUCUUCAUAUUUGUCGCCUCGUCAAUAUACUUAUUAUGUCAAUCUACACGACAAAGUGAAUGCGUGACGAGAACACUGAAAUAAAGGACAAAUCGAUAAAGAACACUGUGACACUAAUAGAUCAGGGAGAUCUUUCGUAUUGGAUUGUGACAGGCUUGAUGACCAUGCUGCUAAAAGCACACUUGAUGAGAGAAUGGAAUUGCAUGGCUAAUGUAAUUGGUGUCAAAGCAUUCCGACUGAGCAAUAAUGAUAACUUUCCGGUGAUCUCAUCAUCUAGGGCUGAAGGAGUCAUCAAGGACAACGCUUUUUGUCGAAUUCAUGACAAGAAAUAGGAGGAACAAAUCUUUGUGCACAGUUUAAACGCUUUAUUGAGGCUGACUAUAGGCCCUUGCAACAAUUUUGUGCCACUUAUGUGUGUCAUAUGCAUGAUUGAUCAACGCAUGCAGAUAAUUUCAAGAAUAUUCUAACAUUUAUGGUUCUUCUUUUUCAAUUGAGAAUCUCUAGCUUGACUAUGAAGCAUAGAAAUAAGCUCCAAGUAAAGUAAUAUUACGUUUCUUCAUGUGCAGAGAAUGUCAAAAAUGAAAUGGUUGUAUGACAUUCAUGAAACUGUCGAUACAGAUGCAUAAUACAAAGUAAAACUGGGUUUAGAAGGACGAUGCUUGGUUGAAGAAGUGAAAUAAAAAUUAGUUAUUGGCUACAGAAGAAAUUAGAUUUUGGCGGAAAAGGUUCCAUAAUGUUUUCACCAACCUAGGGCGAGAAAGCUUUUUCAAAAUGGCACACAAUCAUAUUAUCACUAUUGUGAGCACAUUUCAAAAGAUCAAUAGAUAAAAGAAGAAAAAUUCUAUCUCCUUUGAUUUGAAAAACCAUUCUUAUCAUUUUGUUUGAACGUUUCAAUGUCACAUCAAAAAGACAUGAAUAUAUCAAAAGUGUGUACGCCUUGAGCUAUUACAUUAUCUUAAAAUUAGUUAUUGGUUUUUCUUUUAAUUUGGUAGUUCUAAGUGACUUGUCUUCCAUACUGAAGGCUACACACGCAAAUAUUAUCAUGGAAAUUAUCAAAUGGAAUGCAAACAGUUGUAAUAUAAUGGGAUAAGAUAAAA